CGUAACUCUAGAAGUAAUAAUACGUCCUCAUCCUCAACCAAUAUUUCCAGUUCAAAACAAACUGCAGCCUAUUCAAUAAUCAAUAUAUACCUCCCAUAUCUUUGCCCUAAGAUUGCUUACAACUUGAAUCGUUGGCUUCGCUCGGUCCAUUACCAAUCCGACAGCACACAUUAACUCUGUCGUCACCAUUUAACACAUCUCACUCUCGACGACUCGAUACCACAUCUUCUUCGGACCGAACCCAGACGAGACACAAUGGGGGGCAGCUGGUCAAGGAUAAUGUCCGUUAUAUGGGCUAAGAAGGAGAUCCGCAUCUUAAUACUCGGACUGGACAACGCCGGGAAAACGACUCUGCUUUACCGAUUAAAGAUUGGGGAAGUGGUCUCUACAAUUCCUACUAUCGGCUUCAACGUGGAGAGUGUGACCUAUGGAAAGCUCAACUUCAACGUCUGGGACCUCGGAGGCCAAACGUCGAUACGGCCGUAUUGGCGCUGUUAUUACGCGAACACUGCUGCCGUCAUCUUCGUCAUCGAUAGCACCGAUCUCGAUCGCCUUUCUACCGCACAAGAAGAGCUGGCAGCCAUGUUGGCCGAAGAGGAACUGCGAGAUGCGGCAUUAUUGGUGUUCGCAAACAAACAGGACCAACCGGGUGCGAAAGGUGCAGGGGAGAUAUCAGAGGCGUUAAGGCUCGGUGACUUGAAGGAUCGAAAUUGGAGUAUCGUUGCAUGCAGUGCCAUCGAUGGAAGAGGGGUGGAUGAAGGGAUGGAUUGGCUGGCGCGGACUCAUGAUGCUCAAGCAGCCGUCGAACUUGUAUAACAAUGGUGUGGGAUUUUGGCGCAGCACAAGU